AUGGCUAGUCCUCCCGUACUUGCUUUCGAUGCUGAGGGCCGCCCAGUGAAGUUUGACACCUGGCUAGAUGACCUGCACCUCUUCCUACAGCUCACUGCCAAGGAGGAUAUUUCGCUGUACGAUCAUGCCCUCGGUCACGCUACUGCCCCUCCUACCACUGCAGACAGCACUCAGCGCUCACAGUGGCAGACUCGUGACGCCCACGCUCGCUUCGCUAUUCGCAACUCCCUGCCGAUAGAUGAGCGCGAGCACUUUGGCCAGCACAAGACUGCUAAGGAACUGUACACUGCUGUUGUUGCUCGUUACUCCUCACCUGCUUCUGCCACACUAGGCCGCCUCACCCUCCCCUACCUGUUCCCCGACCUCUUUCACACAGUUGCUGACCUCAUCACCCACCUCAAGACUAGUGAGGCCCGCUUUCGCGCUGCUAUGCCUGACGAGUUCCUUGCUAGCAAUCCCCCCCCGCUCUGGAUCACUCUCUACCACAUCGUCACCCGCCUCCCUGACUCUCUGCGCGCAGUCAGGGACCACUUCCUCGCUCGCUCCCCCACUGAGCUCACCAUUGCCCUCCUCGAGAAGGAACUGCUUGCAGCUGAGGCGAGCAUCGUCGCUGUAGGCGCUUCUCGUAGCGACCCCCGCACCCCGUCCUUUGAGGGGUGUUCCCCUUCCCCCCUUCUCCCCUCUGUAGCCUCUGCUGCUGCUGUCGACCUCCUUGGUGCUGAGAAGGUCGGGACCGCGUCUGCUCCGAGCGGGCGCCGCAGGAGCAAGGGGGGCAAGGGUGGAGGUGGCGGCGGGGGAGGCGGGGGUGGAGGCGGUGGGAGUGGAGGUGGGGCUGGAGAGGCUAGUGGCGGCAGUGGGGGUGGUGACAGCAGCGGCGGGAGCGGUGGCAGGGGCGGAGGCGGCAGCGGAGGCGGAGGUGGUCGUGGCGGCGGCAGGGGUGGAGGUGGCCGAGGCGGUGGCGGCGGCAGUGGUGGUCGUGGAGGCGCUGGCGGUGGCCAGAGCCAGCAGCACGCCCCGUCGCUCCAGGAGGCCCGUGAGUGGUAUUCGCAGCGGGGGGGGGCGGGUGGCUUUACCUGCACGUACGUCAUCCGCACUGGUGACCGCACUGGCCAGACGUGUGGGAGGCCGCACCCCACGCAGCGCUGUUUCUCGCGCCUUACCGACGCUUGGCGCGUCCAGUUUCCUGAUGCCACUGAGCUGCCCCGCUGGGCUGAUCUGGAGAGGAAGGGAGUUGAUAUCUGGGCUCUAGACUUUGAUGCUAUUCUCACUGCCAUGUAUGCGAUGUUUACUAGUGGAGAGGGUGCUCAGUACUUGCGUGUUCCGCCCGACCCAGGCAUUCUGACCAGUCCGACUGCCGCUCUAGGUGCUAGUGAGUCUGCUGCCCCAGGUCCUGGUGAGGCUGCUGCUCUAGGUGCUCGUGAGUCUGUGCCCCCUGGUACUGAGUCAACUGCAGCACUGCACACCUUCACACUGGACUCAGGUGCUUCUCGCUGUUUCUUUCGUGACCGCACUGUCCUUGAGCCACUCGCUCGGCCAGUUGCUGUCUCCCUCGCUGACCCCUCUGGGGGUCCGGUCAUUGCUGUCCUUCCUUAUCCUGCGGUCCCGUCAGGCACACUGUCAGGUCUCUACCUCCCCUCGUUCUCUACGAACUUGGUGGCAGCUGCGUCCGCGUCUGCGUCUGCGUCAGGUCAGCUGUCCGCCCCCUGCUCGUGUCGCUCUCUGGCGCAUGAGACUGUCCUCUGGCACCACCGCCUUGGUCACCCGUCUGUGCAGCGCCUUCGGGCCAUGCACAAACGGGACCUUGUUGCUGGUCUUCCCAGGGUUCUCCCUCCCCUACCACCCUCGCCUGCUCCUCCCUGUCUUCCCUGUGUCGAGGGACGGCAGCGCGCCGCUCCUCACUCCUCCUCGUUUCCCCCGACGACUGCUCCCUUGCAGAUGCUCCACAUGGACGUGUGGGGCCCAGCCCGCGUCCGUGGCCAGGGUCAGGAGAGGUACUUCCUGAUUGUUGUUGACGACUUCUCGCGCUACACCACGGUCUUCCCCUUGCGCACCAAGGGUGAGGUCCCUGAUGUCUUGAUCCCUUGGAUCCGCAGAUCUCGUCUCCAGCUCAGCAAGCGUUUCCACUCCGACUUCCCUGUCUUGCGUCUGCACUCUGACAGAGGUGGGGAGUUUUCCUCCGGCCUCUUGGAGGCCUUCUGUCAGCAGGAGGGCAUUGAGCAGUCGUUCACGCUUCCGGCCUCUCCACAGCAGAAUGGGGUUGCUGAGCGCCGCAUUGGCUUGGUCAUGGAGGUCGCUCGUACCUCCCUGGUUCAUGCGGCUGCCCCCCACUUUCUGUGGCCGUUUGCGGUCCGAUACGCUGCGCAUCAGCUCAACCUCUGGCCCCGAGUCUCCCUCCCGGAGACUUCUCCGACACUGCGUUGGACGGGAGAGGCUGGCGAUGCGUCGCGUUUUCGGGUCUGGGGAUCCCGAGCUUUUGUUCGCGACACGUCCGCGGACAAGCUCUCCCGUCGCGCUGUCCCCUGUGUCUUCCUUGGCUUUGUCCCGGACGCCCCUGGUGCUGAGGUACCAGACCCCCUCCCCCCUCAGGGUGCCGCUCCCUCAGGUGUGUCCCAGGUAGACCCGGGUGAGCCUGUCGAGGUAGCUGUUGACUCUCGUCCUGCUGGGGGUACUGAGCCUGAGGGUGCGGAGCCUGGGGGUGCUGAGCCUGGGGGUGCUGCGUCUGGGGGUGCCGAGCCUGGGAGUGCUGAGUCUGGGGGUGCGGAGCCUGGAGGUGCGGAGCCUGGAGGUGCGGAGCCUGGAGGUGCGGAGUCUGGAGGUGCUGAGCCUGGGGGUGCUGAGUCUGGGGGUGCUGCGUCUGGAGGUGCUGAGCCUGAGCGUGCUACACCUGGAGGAGCCCUCUCCUCCCAGCAGCUGCAUGAAAGGUACCUACAGUACUGCCGCCUCCGGAGAGGUGCUGCUGGAGCCAGUACCAGUACUUCCCCUCCUACCCAGGAGCUCCCCUCCCUUCAGCAGAUCCGAGAGUGGUACACGCGGCGCUGCAGUCUUCGGAGUGGAGCUCCUGGUGCUAUGGAUCCUGGGGGUGGCGCUGUUGCUGGUGCUGAGGACCCGGGCGUUGGAGCUGCUGCUGGUGCUGAGGACCCGAGCGGUGGAGCUGCUGCUGGUGCUGAGGACCUGAGCGGUGGAGCUGCUGCUGGUGCUGAGGACCCGGGCGUUGGAGCUGCUGCUGGUGCUGAGGACCCGAGCGGUGGAGCUGCUGCUGGUGCUGAGGACUCGAGCGGUGGAGCUGCUGCUGGUGCUGAGGACCCGCGCGGUGGAGCUGCUGCUGGUGCUGCGGACCCGGGCGGUGGAGUUGCUCUUGGUACUGAGGACCCUCUUGCUUACCCUCUUGGCCUUCUCGCUCGUUACGUGGCUCCUGCUGCUACUGGUGCUGAGGACCCGGGCGGUGGAGCUGCUGCUGGUGCUACGGACCCUGGAGUUGGAGCUACUGCUGGUGCUGAGGACCCGGGCAGUGGAGCUGCUGCUGGUGCUGAGGACCCAAGCGGUGCAGCUGCUGCUGGUGCUACGGACCCUGGAGUUGGAGCUACUGCUGGUGCUGAGGACCCGGGCGUUGGAGCUGCUGCUGGUGCUGAGGACCCGAGCGGUGGAGCUGCUGCUGGUGCUGAGGACCCUGCCGCUGGUGUCUCUGCUGGUUCUGGAGACGCUGCGCGGCCGCGACCGUACUUCGUACCGCUCCUUCAGCAGGUUCUUGGUCAGGCUCCUCCUCCUUGUCCUCCUCCCUCCUUAGAGUGUCCUCCGCCUGUCCAGUCGCAGUCACAGUUACCGCCUGCCUCGCCUCUCCUUGGUCCCUCUCCUUACACUGGUCCCACAGGAGGUCUUACGGAGCGUCGUGAGCCUGAGUCUCGUCCUGCGUCGCCUGUUCGUACUGCUCGCACUGGUCAUCGUUCUGACUCCCGUCGUGCUGCCAGUCCCACUGUCACGCGUCUUCUCGCCACUGUUGUCACUGACCCUACCUUUGAGUCCUCUGCUGCGUCUGCUCUGGUCGCUGAGUUGAUAGACUUUGCUGCCCGGUGUCGUCUAGACUACGCCGCUAGCCUUGUUGCUGAGUCUGAGUCUGUCUGUCCUCCGUCCGUCGGGGGUGAGUGUGCUCUUGGCACGGACGUCCUUGAGGACAGACAGGAGGAGUUCCAGUGCUUUGCUGCUUCUUUGCCCCAUCUCGUGUCCAUGCUAGUUGCCCCUGAGGGAGACCCGGAUGCACCAGACAUCCCGACCCCGCGCUCUUACGCUGAGGCGAUGGCGGGUCCCUACUCCUCUCAGUGGCAGACAGCCAUGGACGCAGAGAUGGCUUCCUGGAAGUCCACAGGCACCUACGUGGACGAGGUUCCCCCACCUGGGGUGAACAUCGUCAGUGGCAUGUGGAUUUUCAGGGUGAAGCGUCCGCCGGGUUCUCCGCCUGUCUUCAAGGCGCGCUACGUUGCUCGAGGCUUCAGUCAGCGAGAGGGAGUAGACUUCUUCCAGACCUUCUCCCCCACCCCAAAGAUGACCACUCUUUGGGUGCUGCUGCACAUAGCCGCUCAGCGCGACUACGAGCUUCACUCACUUGACUUCAGCACUGCUUUCUUACAGGGCAGCCUACACGAGGAGAUCUGGCUGCGUCGCCCUCCUGGCUUCACUGGGUCGGUUCCUCCUGGUACCCAGUGGAGGCUCCAGCGGCCGGUCUACGGUCUCCGCCAGGCGCCACGUGAGUGGCACGACACACUGAGGACUACACUUGCGGCUCUUAGGUUCACUCCUUCUACUGCUGACCCGUCGCUGUUUCUACGCACCGACACCUCGCUGCCGCCGUUCUACAUCCUCGUGUACGUCGACGACUUGGUCUUUGCCACUGCUGACACUGCGGCACUCGCCCACGUGAAGUCGGAGCUGCAGAGGAGACACACGUGCACAGACCUGGGUGAACUGACAAGCUAUCUUGGCUUGCGGAUCACCCGGGACAGAGCACGGCGCACCAUCACCUUGACUCAGUCACACAUGGUGCAGCAGAUCCUUCAGCGCUUCCGCUUCACGUACUCCUCGCCUCAGUCCACUCCUCUGCCUACCGGUCACUCGCUCUCAGCUCUGCCUUCGGAUGAGUCCGUAGAGCCGAGUGGCCCGUAUUCAGAGCUUGUGGGCUGCCUCAUGUACCUGAUGACCUGCACUCGACCUGACCUGGCAUACCCUCUUAGCAUCCUUGCACGCUAUGUCGCUCCUGGCCGUCACAGGAAGGAGCACAUGGAUGCCGCUAAGAGGGUGUUGCGCUACUUGUGCAUUUCUUGGCAUUCUACACGCUCUUCUUCGGUUCUCAGCUCCAGUUGUGAGGCUGGGAUCUACGCCACAGCCAUGGCGGCCCAGGAGCUCCGCUGGCUGACCUACCUGCUGACCGACUUGGGAGAGCGGCCUCGUUCUCCUCCAGUGCUGUACGUCGACAACAAGGCUGCCAUUGCCUUGUGUGAGGAGCACAGACUGGAGCACAGAACGAAGCACAUCGCCCUGCGGUACUUCCUUGCUCGAGAGCUGCAGCAGCGCGGCCAGCUUCGUCUGCGUUACGUGGCCACUGAGGCCAACACUGCUGAUGUGUUCACCAAGGCGCUUCAGCCUUGUGACCAUCAGCGUUUUUGCACUCUUCUAGGCCUUGUGCCUACUGGACCUCACCUGCUUACUUCUUGA